UCCUGAGAGUCCAACAGCUCCACACCCAUGGCCAAAGCAUCGUACCAAAACCUUGUUCUACUUGCACUGUUAGUCUUACCCACAGCACUCAGCCAAUCGGAACAAGAUGUCCAUCAGGCUCGUGGGAGAAGUUUUCAUUUACCUGACACCGGUUCUGACAGUAGCCUAUGGAAAUCUCUGGAAGACCAUCUGACCAGUUCCAUUACCACGGUGAUAAUUCCUGCAGUUUACACCGUUAUAUUGAGCAUCGGGCUCCCAGCCAAUGGGAUCGCUCUUUUAGUCUUGGUCAAAAGGAUCCAGCGAUUACCGUCCACCAUCUUCCUGAUGAACCUGGCUGUAGCUGACCUGCUCCUGUGCCUCGUGCUGCCGUUCAAAAUUCACUAUCACUUCCUGGGCAACCACUGGCUCUUUGGUGAGGCUCUGUGUCGGACAAUGACGGCCUUCUUCUACGGGAACAUGUACUGCUCCGUCCUGCUGCUCACCUUCAUCAGUGUGGACAGAUACUUCGCUCUGGUCCACCCGUUUCUCUCCAAGCGAUUCCGGGGCAAUGGCUUCGCUGUCCGGAGCUGUUGUGUGAUUUGGCUGCUUGUUGUCGUUGCCAUGUUACCGUUUCUCCUCCGUAGACAGACCUAUCCAAUCCAGAACCUCAACAUCACCACCUGCCAUGAUGCCUUACCAACAUCAUUGGUCACUGAUUAUUUUUUUUACUACUUUUUGUGUUUGGUUGUGUUUGGGUUUUUUAUUCCGUCUCUUAUUACCAUAUUCUGUUACCUGUCUAUUGUCAGAUCAUUGAUAUUGGAAGAAAGCAAGUAUUGUAAAGCUAUAAUGACCAUGGUGUUGGUACUGACUGUGUUUUUGAUAUGUUUCACUCCCAGUAAUAUAACCCUGUUGGUACAUCACUCACCGAUCCACCUCACUGACAGCAAUGACCUGUAUUUACUCUAUCUGAUCUGCCUUCUGCUCAGCACCUUCAACAGCUGCCUUGACCCUUUCAUCUAUUAUUACAUUUCUGAGGAAAUUCGGAAUGAAGUCACAAACAUGGUUCUUUGCAAAGCAGAGAAGCGUGAAGAUUCUGGAAAAAGGUCUGAGCAGUUUGUUCUGACUAGCUCCUCUUUGAAUUGAAUUUAUUGUCCCGUGUACCGAGGGACAGUGGAAAGCUUUGUCUUGCGAGCAACACAGGCAGCUCACAGAAUUAAGUAGCAGAGAUAGUAAAUAAUAGGUCAACAUCAGCAAAAACAAAACCACAGGUACAGGUAAAUGUAAGGUGUUUGUGAGUCCAUUCAGUAAUCUAACAGCAAUAAGGUAGAAACUGUUUUGAAACCGGCUGGUGCAUGUUCAGGCUUCUGUACCUUCUCCCCAAUGGUAGAGGUUGUAGGUAAGUGUUGCCAGGGUGGGAGGGAUCUUUGAGAAUGCUGGUGGCCUUUCCUUGACAGCGGGCCUGGGAGAUGGAUUUUCUCGAUGGGAGGUUGGCCUUUGUGAUUGUCCAGGCUGAGUUCCCCACUCUCUGUAACCGUCUCCGAUCUUGAACAGUACAGUUGCCAUACCAGGUAGUGAUACAUCCAGACAGAAUGCUCUCGAUGGCGCACCUAUAAAAGUUGGCAAGGGUAUUCACCAUCAUGGCAAAUUUCCUCAGCUGCCUCAGGAAGAAGAGACGUUGUUGGGCCUUUGUAACCAGUGCAUCCACAUGAAGAGUCCAAGAAAGCUUGUUGUUGAUGACCACUCCCAGGAGCUUGACACUCUCCACUUGUUCCACCUCUGUGCUGUUAAUGUGUGUGGGGGUGGGGGUGGGGGGGUUGGUGGGCAUGAGUAACAUCUUGCUGAAAGUCUAUAAUGAGUUCAAAGAACAAAGAACAUUUACAGCCCAGGAACAGGUCCUCUGGCCCUCCAAGCCUGAGCUGAUCCAAAUGUACUGUCUAAACCUGUCGCCCAAUUCCUAACCAUCUGUAUCCCUCUGCUCCCCACCUACUCAUGCAUCUGUCCAGACACACCUUAAAUGAAUCUACCAUGCCUGCCUCUACCACCUCCGCUGGCAACGUGUUCCAGGCACCUACCACCCUCUGUGUGAAGUAUUUGCUGCGUGUAUCCCCCUUAAACUUUCCACCUCUCACCUUGAACAUGUGACCUCUCGUUAUUCAAUCUCUCACCCUGCGAAAAAGCUUAUCUCUAUCCACCCUGUCUAUACCCUUCAUGAUUUUAUAAACCUCAAUCAGGUCCCCCCUCAAUCUCCCUUUCUCUAAUGAAAAUAAACCUGACCUACUCAACCUCUCUUCAUAUCUCGCACCUUCCAUACCAGGCAACAUCCUCGUAAACCUUCUCUGCAUCCUCUCCAAAGUGUCCACAUCCUUUUGGUAAUGUGGCACCUGGAACUGUACACUGUAUUCUAAAUACGGCCAAAGCAAUGUCAUGUACAAUGUUAACAUGACCUGCCAGCUCUUAUACUCAAUACCCCGCGCAAUGAAGGCAAGUAUACCUUAUGUUCUUUAGAGAACAGCCAGGGAAUUCCUAGAGGCAUGGCAUUCAUCCACAAACUCCAUCAACAAACACAUCGACCUGGACCCAAUAUACCAACCACUACAGCGGACAGCUGAAACUGACACCCGGAGGCGGCAAGGACAGACCACUAUAAAUACCGGAAGAAACAUCAAAGAAGCGCUUCGCAGGAGGCUCCAGAGCACUGAUGAUGUCUCCUAGCCAGGGGACGAAAUGUUUGCAACAAAAACUACCAGCUCGGUGAACAGAACCACAACAUUACUCUCUGUCUUUUGUUGCUCAACCAGUUCUUUAUCCACCUCGCUAGAACACCCUGCACACCAUGUGACUUCACUUUCUCCAAGUUCCUUGGUUUUGCCAGCAUUGAGAGCUCGGUUGGUCUCAGUGCACCAUUUUUCCAGGUCUUCCACCUCCCGUCUGUAGAUUGUUUCAUUGCCAUCUGAGACUCAACCGAACGUGGUGGUAUCAUCAUCGAACUUGUAAGUGGCAUCAGUCUGGUAUUUGGCGACGCAGUCAUGGAUAUAAAGCAGGCAGUCAUGUGGAUUGUGGAGAGUAACCACAUCAUUGUCUCCCAUUUGUGAAUUGCACACCCUCUGACCUGUCCAUUGCUCUUUCUGAGCCAAUCAGAGACUCCGACCAGCUUUAUGACUGUGACACAUCACUGGAGAUAUGGGUAGGCAAACUUGUCCCGUUUUUAAAUUUGUUAUUUUUCUCAGUGAUUGCAUCUUUCCCUAUUGGUUAAUGUCAGAUUAUAUCUGGGAUCACUAAUGCCUGUUGAAACUGAGAAGCCCUAGACAGAGAAGGCGACACAUAACUCAGAUUGAGUUAUCGAAUGUAAUCUACUGACUCAAACUAAAAAUGAGUUGAGUGCUUUGUCAGUGUUGGUGAGGAGAGAGUGAGUGACCAGCUCGAGGGAUUGAUGCCUGUUAUGGAUGUGGGAGUGGGCUAUGUAAAUAGAGUGACUUCAGGACAGAGGGCCAUUCAGUCCAUUCUUGACAGUGAGAUCCAAGUGCACCUGCUUCUCCUGUUACAGCUGGUGGAGCUGCUGAGAAUGUGGGAGCAAUCUCGAGUUUGGCAAGCAUUAGGGUAGGAUAGCUAAUGAUGACAGGUUUGAGACAAGUUUGCUCUGGCACUGGGAGGUACACUGUCAUCACUUCAACCUUGAAUUGAUUGUGUUCCUUGAGUAAUCUCCUCACCGUGGCUGCACCUUGUUCCCCACAGAAGGACGCCUCCAGACAAAUCCUAUCAAGCAGAUGACUCUGAACUGCUCACUUGUUUUUCACUCGGGAGUAAUGAGAAACGCAGGCAAUUUCUUCAUUCUUUCACUGACUAGGCCAACAUUUAUUGCCCAUCCCUAAUUACUCAGGGGUCCGUUCAGAGUGAACAUUGCUGUGGGUCUGGAGUCACAUGUAGUCCAGACCAGGUAAGGACAACACAUUUCCUUCCCUAAAGGAUGUUACUGAAGCAAUUGAUAGCGAUUGACGCUUGCUGUCCUGAUCUGUGUAAAAAGCCAAUGUUUUAAUUCAGAUUUCUUCAUUGAAUGUGUGUUCCAUCUGCUGCUGUGAUAGGACUUGAACCCCGAUCCUGGAAUAUUACCGCGGACCCUCUGAUAUAUUUGUAGAGUGCCUUUCCCAUUACGUUGAAUACAAAGUGAAUAUGUGCCGCCCACAUCAUUCUGACUGGAUUUUCAGAUUGAGUGACACAAGCCUUUUGGGAGAGAGAUAUUGUCUCUGGUCAAACGGGGAGCAAUAGUCCCGGUGAACCACUGUCACCCACGGUCUGACACAUUGACCAAUGAUGCCAGGAACCUCCUUGGGACUGUCCCCGUCUGAAACAUGUGCUCAGGUCAUUCCCAGAUUUCAUCAAACUCCCAACUGGGGUCACACAGCCACCAAGGAAAUCCCCGGCUUCUCUCUGAAUGUUCCGGAAACUGCUUUUUCUAUAAGUACCUCAGCAGAUACUUAUCUGAAAAUCCAGUACCUGACAAAUUAUCUGGACAGCUGAUCAUUUCUAAGAUAUAAACACUGAACCCAGCUCACUCUGUUCCAUUUUUAGUUUGCAUUGUGAGAAACGAAGCUCACUCACUGCAAUAAUUUCAGUCCGAGACAAGAUCGGAAUCAGUAGUGUAUUUAUUUCACACUUGCAAGUGGGCGUGAUGUCUACAAGGCAGGGACAAAACACACUGAAUUCAACAAAUACUCAAUAUUUAUAUAAUUUGGUUCCUACAUAUUUUUUUCUUAUUUUAUUGUUUCCCCCCUGUUCACAUCCUCCACUUCCCUAAGACUGGUACCCAUUACUCCUGUUUAUCUCUUGUCUUAUCCGGCCUUGUCGGUGACAAAAUGCUUAUUUCUGGCCUCACAAGGCCGUUUGACCUCAUCCUGCUGUGGGUUAUUGUUAGGCAUUUCUUGCCUUACCUUUAUCUACUCCCUCCAUCUGUGCUGCCCCUCACAGCAUCUUAUCAGUAAGCCCUUUUAAUUGAGGUUUGUUCCUGUGUUUCUGUAAAAGUGGGAAACAGAUCUUUAUACCUACAGUUUAUACAGGCAUACCUAGUUUAACUGCCUCCCCUCACAGCAUCUUAUCUAGUGCCUGUAAUAUCUACCAUUGUUUUGCAGUCCCGAUUCUUUCUUGCAUACAUUUUUAGCUCAUCCAAAAAAACAAUUAUUUUUCCUCCACAUAGUUUCCAUUCUUGUUGACUCAGCUCCUGGCUGAAACAAUUACACACUGGUGUGAGCUCAUUUAUUUUUAUAUAAUCAAUUAUAAUUGCAGAAUUGCAGAAGUAACAUUAAUUUACCGAUAUCCCACAGCAUCAAAACAUCUCUUUCUGCUUUAGAACAAAGUACACUAAUCUAGGUGGAGGUUUAAGUUACUGAACCGGUUUACUCAACAAUUAAGGGAUAGGCCUCCAGAAGAUGUGGGUGGCUCAGUUGCUGUUAAACAGGUGAUUAAAGUGGGAUUAUUAAAACAUGAUUAUGUCUCUUGUUCCAAAGGGCAGUUCCUUCAUAGAAUCAAACACUCUCAACAUCAGGGGGAGGGUUAUAGUUUAGAAUAGAAUUAUAUUCAGUGUGAGUGUUCAGCAAAAAAAGUUCAAUUCUCUCCUCUGAUUGAGUUGAGGUUCUACCUAACAACUUCAGGCAAAGCCCCAGUCGAUUGGUGCUGAUUGAGGGAAAGGAAGUGAUGAUAGUGAUACAUUAAAACGCUGCAGUAAGAAUGGGAACCAUUUUCAGUAACUAUCUGUCAUUAUAAUAUGUAAUAUGGAAUGCUAUCAUUUGUAU